AUGGAAGACUCAUAUUUUCCACUUCCAAUCACAGCCAUUCUCCUCAUCAUUCUCAUCAACCUAUCAAAUGCAACCAUAGAUGACACCCAAUUCAUCAAAGCCACUUGUCAAACCACACCCUAUCCUGAUCUCUGCUUCUCCUCACUCUCCGCGGAUGCCGUUUCCGUCCACGGCAGCCUCCGCUCGAUGACCAUCGCUGCCCUCACCGUCGCCCUCACACACACUCGCUCCGCCUCGUCGAUGGUGGCAAGUUUGGCUAAGUCGAAUGCACUGGCACCGCAAGAGACUUGGGCUUUGCGUGAUUGCAUUGAGGAGCUUGGAGACUCUGUGGAGGAGCUCCAAAGCUCAGUGGCGGAGUUGAAAGACGGUGAUGGAUCUCGACCCGAGACCGAUGAUAUUCGGACGUGGGUGAGCGCUGCUCUGACCGAUGACGACACGUGCAUGGAGGGACUCGUCGGAGACGGCGGCGGCGUGAAGGAGUCGGUGAGAGGACUGGUGGUGGAUGUUGCUCAAUUGACAAGCAUUGCUCUCUCGCUUGUUAGCCAUCUGAAAUGAGAGAGUGAAUCAAAUGUUUUAAUUAAUUUUCGUUAUUUCUCGAAAAUUAUUUGUCAUUUUGUUUUUGCCCAACAAAACCAGUGAGAGAAAUUGUUAGAUUUAAUCUUGUUGGGAUCAGAAACCAAUUUUUUUAAGAA